GAAGAUGCUACUAGAGCAAAGACCCCAGAGCGGUGCUUCACAGCUAGUACAGGAGUGCGCCAUAGAAGCCGGCCAUGUUGAGGUGGUUAGGCUCCUGCUCCAGUAUGGUGCUGCCGACACCAACCGGGAUGACCCGGCCGGAUGGACACGGCGGCUGGGAUACGCUGGUCGAAUGCGGACAUGAAGAAAUUGUCAAAGCGCUCGUCGGUAAUGGGGCUAACCCCAUGGUUGUGGACGAUGCCGGAACAACGGUAUAUAGCGGCACAAAACGGUCGCCUCGACUUGCUCCGGUUGUUUCUCAACUACCCUGGCUUCGACAUUGAUCUGGAGGAUAACAAUGGCCGGACAGCACUUUUUCAUGCCGCCAUGCGCGGACAUGACCUUGUCGUGUCAGCACUUCUUUCUCGCGACACUCGGAGGGCCAGUGAAGUUGAGGAAGAGGAGCCAUUUGUUGGGCCUCUCUUUGGCAACCUUACCGGGAACGUCCAAGACUGCUUUGGGGCUUUGCCUAUCUUUGCAGCAGCGAGGAACGGACAUACGCAGGUCGUGGAGACUUUGCUUUUCGCUGACCCAUCUUGCCUGCAACACAAGGACUGGUUCGGCCAUAAGCUUGGUUUGGUGGGCGUCCAAGAGCGGGAAAAGAGAGCUUGUCCUCAUCCUGCUCGAAUAUGUCGUGCAACAUGGCAUAAGAAUCCCAACACACGACCUUGUCUUGGAGAGCAACCCGACCGAAUUCGACCCGAGUGAUCCCUGGUGUCAUGUUUGCACGCGCUGCACGGUAUGUGCUGUCCCAGGAUCCUACUCAUGUGGUGUUUGCGAUGGGCACGCUAUUGUCUUAGUCUGCAGAGAGUGCCAAAAUGCUGGUGUUUUUUUGUC